GUACCAAGCUCCACACAGCGAUAGCCCGUCUCUCCCAUCGCAGAGAGUAAAACAAAGGUGUCUCGCGCUGGGAAGGAGCUUGAUCACGUACCUCUCAGUCCACGUGCGACAAUACUCGGAUUUGUAAACAGACGACACCUCGGCUGCUCAGUCCCAGUUACAAGUUACAACAAAUCUCAGAUAUUUGAAGUUAGGCUUUUAUCGCAGAUAGUCCAGCAAAAUUCAGUGACCAUCCACAAGAUGAAGACUAGCAGUUUGUGCACCUGGACCAUCUUGCUGAUCUUCCUGGGUCUUCUGGAAGGUGCUGUCACCAAGCUAAGCAUUUCUCGGCAAUAUGUACUUGAAAGACCUCAGGAAGAGGGGGAUAACUCUAAUCACCAAGACAGGGCAGAUAACUCUACUUUCAAACUUGUCUGCUAUUAUUCUAUUGGUCAAUCCUAUGUAGGGCUUCUCCCUCCAAAUAUGAAUGUUUCAUUCUGUUCCCAUGUAAUAUUUCUCGGAACAAUUAUCCAAAACUCUCAGGUGACAGCGGCGAAUGAGAUAGACGUUGAACUGUACUUUAAGAAAGUUGUGGUUUUGAAGAAACUGAAACCAUCAUUGAAGGUCCUGCUGUCCAAUGGAGGAAACUUUUCCCAGGUUUUAAAUACACAAGAAAAUAGAACCAGAUUUGCUGAAACUGCAGUGCCAUUGUUGAGGAAAUAUGGUUUUGAUGGCCUUGACCUUGACUGGGAGUUUCCAGCAUGGAACGGUCUUCCGGCGGAACAGAAACACAACUUGACCUUGGUUUCACAGACUAUCAGAGCAUCCUUUGAAGCUGAUGCUAGACAACAUGGUGGAGACCGCCUCCUGCUGACAAUGGCUGUCAGUGCAGCCUAUAACAUGCUGGCGCCAGUCUAUGAGAUAGCAGAGUUGGCCAAGUGUCUGGACUUUGUAAACGUGAUGACCUAUGACCUUCACAGCUACAACAAACUCAUCCCCCUCACAGGCCACAACAGCCCACUGUUCCACGGGGAUGAAAUCUUGGAUGAAACCGUGUUCAAAGAUAAGACAUUUUCCUGGGCGGCCUCGGCGUGGGUGAGCGGGGGGAUGAGGAAGGACCAAGUGAUGACCGGCAUCCCAACAUAUGCUCAUACAUUUAACCUCCUGUUUGAAGAGUGGCACAAUGUUUAUGCACUUGCCACAGGAAUCGGAACCAUUGGUGAUUUCCUGAAUUAUCCUGAUGUUUGUCAACUCAUAAAGAACAACAGUACAACGGUAGUGUGGGAUGACAAGAGUAAGGUCCCCUACCUGUACCAGGGGCCGCUCUGGGUUUCUUAUGACAAUGUUCGCAGCGUCACACUCAAGACACAGUACCUUCUCCAGCAGGGCUUCGGAGGGGCCAUGGUCUACUCACUCAACUGUGAUGAUUACAAAGGAACGUGUGAUGGGAAAACAAAAUGGCCGCUGUUCGAAGCUAUCACUGCUGCUGUGAAAGACCACCAGACUAUCAGGAAAUGAAGAUGAAAAUAAGAACACUGUGAUGAUUCUAUGUGUGUCAUAAUUAACUAUGGGCAGUAUAUAUGAGGCAAUCCAUGCACAGACAUCUGGAGACAAUGUGCAGGUUAGCUGAAGAUGCUGGUAAAAGUGGUGCUGUAUCCUUACGCCAGGGAUAGUUCUAUAAUUAGGGGUUGUGAUGUGGCUCACAAUAUAGUCCAUAUGUUACAUCCUCCUUGUUUUGUGACAAAGUAGAUGGCACAGGCAAUAAACAAGCUGUAGAUUAGGGGUGGACAUAGUGAUUAAUAAUGAAAAUUAAUAUAUAAGAGAAAGUUCCUGAGUUUAAUUAUGGACAUCUGGAUAUGUAUAGGAACGGACUCCGUUCCCUAUCUACUGACCAGCCUACUUUUGGCACACAGGUUAUACUGCUUCUACCUGUACAGUCACUUUACAGUCACUCUUUGAAAUAUCUGGUCAUUGAACCUAUCUACUGACUAGCCUACUUUUGGCACACACGUUAUACUGCAUUUACCUGUACAGUCACUUUACAGUCACUCUUUGAAAUUUCUGGUCGUUGAACCUAUCCACUGGAUUUGGUCCUGUAGGUUGUUGAAUCAUAUCACUUGUCACUUGUUGUAAAGUUUGGGACUUCUGUGACCUGUCUACUUGGUGACUGGUGGGAAGACUGGGAUCUUCAAGGUUGAAGGUGACACAUCUUUGUUGUUGGGAGUGUGUAUAUUCCGUGUUGUACGCUAUGGAGUCUGGACUGGGCAUGGCAUUGUGUUAGCCUCAGUUCCUGAUGUUUGUCUUACGUCUCUUCGGUUGUGGCGGAGGACUGACCUGUUGUCUCGACAAUGUAGGGGUGGGGCCCCGGUGGUGGUUUGAUGACUGUAGCCUCAUUUCAUCUGCCCGUCUGCUGGUCUCUGAUUCCGACUGGCUGGUUGGUGAUAAGUGGGUCAGUUCCUCUCCAGCUCCUCUGUCGAAGUU